UCGGGACCAUGGGGUGCACCGUCAGCCAGGAGGACAAAGCCGCGAGCGAGCGCUCCAGGAUGAUCGACAAGAACCUCCGUGAAGACGGAGAAAAGGCGGCGAAGGAGGUGAAGCUGUUGCUGUUGGGUGCUGGAGAGUCAGGGAAGAGCACCAUCGUGAAGCAGAUGAAGAUAAUCCACGAAGACGGUUACUCAGAAGACGAGUGUAAGCAGUACAGAGCCGUGGUUUACAGCAACACCAUCCAGUCCAUCAUGGCCAUCAUUAAAGCCAUGGGCAACCUCAAGAUUAACUACGAGGAUCCGACCAGAGUCGACGAUGCGAGGCAGCUCUUUGCCCUGGCUGGAACUGCAGAAGAACAGGGUGUUCUGCCUGAAGACCUGAGUAACGCCAUCACCCGUCUGUGGGCUGACGGAGGCGUGCAGAGCUGCUUCAUCCGCUCCAGAGAGUACCAGCUCAACGACUCGGCUGCCUACUACCUGAAUGACUUGGGGAGAAUAGCCCAAGCAGACUACAUUCCCACCCAGCCUGAUGUGCUGCGCACCCGGGUGAAGACUACAGGCAUUGUAGAGACACAUUUCACCUUCAAAGAUCUCCAUUUCAAGAUGUUUGAUGUCGGUGGCCAGCGCUCGGAGAGGAAGAAAUGGAUUCACUGUUUCGAGGGCGUUACCGCCAUCAUCUUCUGUGUUGCUAUGAGUGCUUAUGACCUGGUGCUGGCUGAGGAUGAAGAGAUGAACCGGAUGCACGAGAGCAUGAAGCUGUUUGACAGCAUCUGCAACAACAAGUGGUUCACAGAGACCUCAAUCAUCCUCUUCCUCAACAAGAAGGAUCUGUUCCAGGAGAAGAUUGCACACAGCCCCCUGACCAUCUGUUUCCCUGAGUAUGCAGGCAGCAGCACGUACGAAGAGGCGUCCGAAUACAUCCGCACCAAGUUCGAGGACCUGAACAAGAAGAAGGACACCAAGGAGAUCUACUCCCAUUUCACCUGUGCCACGGACACAAAGAACAUCCAGUUCGUCUUCGAUGCCGUCACCGACGUCAUCAUCAAGAACAACCUGAGGGACUGCGGACUCUUCUAGAAGAACAGGGUUGAGAUUACUUGAACUGUUGUGUUGUGCAGGUGGAGGUGAGGAACAUAUUCACACUCCCUGCACUGGCCCACCAUAACUCUGUAAUUCCUGCAUCAACCUAAUUUUGGGACGACAGAGAGUCCCGAGGAGCCGCACAGAAUUCCAGCAAUGGCCGAUAUCCCAACCCGCCGAUGUCUUCUUGCCCCCUCACCCACCCCUCACUCCUUAGUCCCCCAAAGCUCAUUCUGUGUUUCAUUUGUAAACAGCAGUUCCACAAAUCUUGUAUCAUUAACUCCCUUCGGCUUUGACCACAAUCGAGAGUUUGUAUUUUUUCAUUCAUGUUUUUUGUUGUUUCUCUUCUUCCUUUAUUUUUUGAGUAAUAGAGGCUACAAAAACACUUUUUUAUAUGAAUACUGUCAUUUUACUUUAGAAAAAUUUGAUGUGCAAAUUUUAUUAAACUUUUAAUUGCAGAAAAUGUGUUUUUAUAAAAAACUACAGACAGAUAGAAGUAAGAAAAUGAAAGUGUUGUUUUUGUUUGUUUUUUAAAUAAUGUUUACAUAUCAUCAUUUAGAGGUAAACAAAACAUCAUCGUGCAUGAUGGGGGGGGGGGGGGGAAGAAAACCUAUUAGCAUAGUAAUCGCUGCACAAUCUCAUAACAUUACUUUCUGAAAAUACAUAUAAAAUAAUAAUAGUGAUGAAAAAAUAGAGAUGAACAAAAACAAUCUACAAAACGCUGUGGCAGGGGGUGGGGUUUAAUGUGUGUGUGUGUGUGUGUGUGUGAGAUUAGUCUCUUGUUCGUUCAUCGUACCACUCCAGAACCCCGUUUGCAGUACAUAAUGUCACCAUGCACGGAGAAAUGGUUAAGCAAUGAGAAGCAAAAAUCUAACUGCAUUUAAAAAGGGUCGUUAAUUGUUUUUGUUUUGUUCGUGUCAAAGUUUGAAAAUGCUUUCAAAGUCCUAUAUAAUGAUUUAAAUUAAAUAAAAGUUAAGUCACUAGA